AUGACUUCUGUGGCGGAAAAAGAUACCGAGGCUGGCAAUAGUAGUCUGGACAAUAGUCAACACGAUGCCGAGAUCGACAUCCCCGAGGUGGAGGAAAAAGCUGCAUCAGCAAUCCAAGCAGAAGCAGAAGAUGAGUCGGAAUAUAUCACUGGUAUUAGGUUGUAUCUGAUCAUUCUGGGUCUCUGUAUGGCGGUUCUCUUGAUUGGAUUGGAUAACGCUAUUCUUGCUACGGCGGUACCAACAAUUACCACGGCUUUCAAUUCUCUCCCAGACGUGGGGUGGUAUGGCUCUGCUUUCCUGAUAUCGGUUUGUGCCCUCCAACCACUAUCCGGAAAAGUAUACCAGUACUUUUCUCUGAAGUGGACAUACAUUGUCUUUCUCGGUAUAUUCGAAUUGGGGAGUUUGAUAUGUGCAACGGCCAGGUCGUCAGUGAUGCUUAUCGUUGGGCGAGCUGUAGCAGGAAUGGGUGCCGCUGGACUUUUCUCGGGAGCACUGGUCAUUGUAUCUCAUAUGAUUCCACUCCGCCAGCGACCUAUUUACACAGGCCUUGUUGCGUCCAUGUUCGGUAUCUCAAACAUCUUUGGACCAGUCCUUGGUGGUGUUUUCACCCAGCAUUUGACUUGGAGAUGGUGCUUCUAUAUCAAUCUCCCUCUCGGCGCAGUCACAGCCAUCACCCUAACCAUCUUCUUCCACCCUAACGAGCGCAAACUUACCAAGCUCCCGCUCAUCCAAAAAAUUAAGCACCUCGAUCUCCCCGGCCUAGGUCUCUUCGUACCAGGAGUAGUAAUGCUUCUCCUCGCCUUACAGUGGGGCGGAAAUCGCAACCCCUGGAAAUCAGCGACGACCAUCGGGCUCAUAUUCGGUUUCGUGAUCAUGAUAGGUAUAUUUAUGGUUUGGGAAUGGCAUCAAGGAGACGAAGCUAGUAUUCCGCGCAGGAUUAUGGGACAGAGAAGUGUGUACUCCGCUGCCGCGAUCGUGUUCUUUGGAUUGGGGAGUGUGCAGAUUAUUGGGUAUUAUAUCCCGAUGUGGUUUCAGGUGAUUAAGGGGGUGAGUCCUGUGGGAAGCGGGAUCCGAUUUUUGCCCAUGGUGUUGGGCAAUUUUGUGGGUGCUAUUAUAUUUGGUGGUCUUGUUACGAAGUUUGGACACUUUAACCCAUGGCUCUUUUUUGGUGCAGCAAGCGUAGCAAUUACAGGAGGAAUAAUUUCAACGUGGAAGGUCGACACGGGAUACUCGAUGAUUGAUGGGAUCCAAGUCCUUGGGGGCUUGGGAGCUGCAUGCGUGAUCCAGAUGCCAGUGAUUGGCUUGAUGGCAAUCCUUCCCCAAUCCGAUCUCCCAACCGCAACUUCCAUCUCCGUCUUCUUCCAAUUUUUCGGCGGCGCCAUCUUCCUUGCCAUUGGUGAGAAUAUAUUCGUGUCCAGCCUAGUCAAGAAUCUGCAUAUAUAUGCCCCGCAAGUCAAUGCUCAAAUGGUGGUAGUUGCAGGUGCCGAAGGGUUGAGGAAGGUGGUAGAAGCAGGUCCAGAUUUGCAGGGCCCAUUGUUGGCGUAUAAUGUGGCGAUCACGCAGACGUUUUAUUUGACGGCUGCGGGUUCUGUUGUGGGGUUCAUCUGCUCGUUUGGGAUGGAAUGGCGGAGUGUUAAGGGGGUGCAGAAUAGGGGUGUGGAGAAGGUUGCAGUGGAGGAGUUGAAGGAAUGA